CAUGAGCGAGUGUGAUCCAGCGAUUUCAUGCGCGUUUGUCUUCUUCCAAUCAAAUAUGAUUUGGAUAGGAUGAGAAGAGUAGCGUCUUUGUUGACAUAAUUUAAGGACAGCCUGGUGGUUACAGAUGGUUACGUUCGCAGGCUGGGCUAUAGCCUAUAGGCUAGAGGAAAUCAUUUCAUUAAUCGACAUUAUUGCGAGCCAUGAUGGAAUUACAUAACGCCUAUAUGCUGCAGUCUAUAAUAACGUAAAUUAUGCUCUUUUCUCACUGAAUGACUGAAUGUAAAACGCAGCGGCAGCUGGACAGAUCACAGAGAAAAUCACAUUGAGCUCCACAUAACAAAUCGAGGAGCCGAGCGCAUUGCAUGAAUUAACAGAGCUGAGGUCUCAGCGUCGAUACUAGAGAGAUGAAGGACCUUUCGUUCUCCCCUUGAUGUGUUCAACCGGCCACUGAGGAGAGACAACCAGGAGCAGCCGAUGCUCGGAGAGAACAGCGGCCGCAGCGCCAGACCUCGGCGAGAGUGAUAGCGCUGUUUACUGUCAUUUGAGAGCUGGCACCAGGGCCGCGGUGAGGCAUGGGCUGCGCUCCCAGCAUCCACGUCUCCCAGAGCGGUGUGAUCUACUGCCGAGACUCGGACGAGUCCAACUCUCCGCACCAAACCACCACUAUCUCGCAGGGCACCGCGGCCACCCUACAUGGGCUGUUUAUCAAGACGGAAGCGGCCGAUACCAUCUCAUCCGUCAUCACCUACCAGAGCAGGCACUCCGGAACCAACUCUCGACGAGAGAGAAGAGAGAACAGCCGGGGACACAUCUGCAUCGAGGCUGAGACCCAGACCAGUCACACCAGUGCCAAGGUAUCAGCCACAGAAGAAUGCAUAGGACCUAUGAGACUGACCCAAGAACCUAUUCAGGUCCUGCUGGUGUUUGCGAAGGAGGAUGGUCAAAGCGAUGCUUUCUGGUGGGCGUGUGACCGGGCGGGUUUCAGGUGUAACAUCGCCCGAACGCCUGAGUCCGCCAUCGAGUGUUUUCUGGACAAGAGCCACGAGAUUGUAGUCAUCGAUGGACGCCACUCACGAUACUUUGAGGCAGAAGCAGUCUGUCGGUUGAUUCGUGCCACAAAGCGCUCAGAACACACAGUCAUUCUGGCCGUUGUGCCACAGACGCCUUCAGGUCAGGAGGAGCAGUCUGUUCUUCCUCUCCUCUGCGCUGGACUCAGCAGAAGGUAUGUGGAGAAUAGUAGUGUCUCUGCCUGCUAUAAUGAGUUGCUCCAGAUUGAACAUGGAGAGGUGCGCUGCCAGUUCAAACUCAGGGCUUGUAACUCAGUCUUCACUGCUCUGGACCACUGUCAGGAGGCUGUGGAGAUCACCAGUGAAGACCAUGUGAUACAGUAUGUGAACCCGGCAUUUGAGUGUAUGAUGGGAUACCACAAGGGAGAGUUGAUAGGGAAAGAGCUGACGGAACUCCCGAAGAGUGACAAGAACCGAGCAGAUCUUCUAGACACCAUCAACACCUGCAUCAAGAAAGGAAAGGAGUGGCAGGGGAUCUACUACGCCAGGAGGAAGUCGGGUGACAGCAUACAGCAGCACGUCAAGAUCACGCCUGUGAUUGGCCAGGGAGGAAAGAUCCGCCAUUUUGUGUCCAUCAAGAGGCCCCACAGUGACAACAACAAACAGGUCCAUAAGAUCAACAAAGAUGGAGAACAUUCCCAGUCAGAGAGCCAUUCCCUGCGUCACAGAGACAGGAGGAAAGAGUCGGUUGAUACCAGGUCAAUCAGCUCACGUGGCAGUGAUGCACCCAGUCUGCAAAACCGCCGGUACUCAUCUGUAGCCAGAAUCCACUCUAUGACCAUAGAGGCCCCCAUCACCAAGGUGAUCAACAUCAUCAACGCGGCCCAGGAGUCCAGUCCGGUGUCCGUAGCAGAGGCGCUGAACCGGGUCCUGGAGAUCCUGAGGACCACAGAGCUCUACUCUCCUCAGCUGGCCUCCAAGGAGGACGACCCACACACCAACGACCUUGUGGGCGGUCUCAUGAGCGACGGCUUACGGAGAUUGUCUGGCAACGAGUAUGUCUUCUCCAAAAGUACUUUUCCAAAUUUGAGCCAGAGUCAGCUGGCCAUCCCAGUAACGCUGAAUGACAUCCCUCCGGCCAUCGCUGAGAUGCUGGAUGACGAAGACCAAUGGGAGUUUAACAUCCUGGAGCUGGAAGCUGCCACCUGUAAGAGACCUCUGACCUACCUGGGCUUGAAGAUCUUUGCUCGGUUCGGGGUGUGUGAGUUCCUGAGCUGCAGUGAGGCUACGCUACGCUGCUGGCUCCAGAUCAUAGAGGCUAAUUACCACGCCUCCAACUCCUACCACAACUCCACCCACGCCGCUGACGUCCUCCACGCUACAGCCUACUUCCUACGCAAGGAGAAGGUCAAGGGCAGUCUAGACCAACUGGAUGAGGUGGCUGCAUUGAUCGCGGCGACGGUCCAUGACGUGGACCACCCGGGGAGGACCAACAGCUUCCUGUGCAAUGCAGGAAGUGAGCUGGCCAUCCUGUACAAUGACACGGCUGUGUUAGAGAGUCACCACGCCGCCCUCGCCUUCCAACUCACCGUCAGGGACAGCAAGAGCAACAUCUUCAAGAACAUCGACAGGACUCAGUUCCGGACAUUGAGGCAGGCCAUCAUUGACAUGGUGCUGGCUACAGAGAUGACCCGCCAUUUUGAACACGUCAACAAGUUUGCCAACAGCAUCAACAAACCAAUGGCUGCCAUCGAGGAGUCCAGCUCAAACAGUGAAGGCAGUGACAGCGAGGGCCCAGCCAGUAUCAGGAACAGCCCAGAGAACCGGCUGCUGAUCAAGAGGAUGAUGAUAAAGUGUGCUGACGUGGCCAACCCCUGCAGACCCCUGGAGCUCUGCAUAGAAUGGGCCGGACGCAUCUCAGAGGAGUACUUCGCACAGACUGAUGAGGAGAAGAGACAGGGUCUACCGGUGGUCAUGCCUGUCUUUGACAGGAACACCUGUAGUAUCCCCAAGUCUCAGAUCUCCUUCAUAGACUACUUCAUCACAGACAUGUUUGACGCUUGGGAUGCCUUCGCCAGUCUACCUGGCCUCAUGGAGCACCUGUCGGAGAACUACAAAUACUGGAAGGGUCUGGACGACAUGAAGUGCAAGAGCCUGCGGCCGGCCCCUCCUCCGUGACCCCUCCAUCCCUCCCUCUCUCUCCCCUUAUCCCUCCAUCCCUCCCUCUCAUUGGGCUGGGAGAGACAGCGAAUGUAGCCUGGCGCUGGUAUUAAGCCCAUCCCACGAUGAUUCUACCCAGCUCCACACACAAUGGACUGUAGACGUCAAGAGUCUGUAGACCUCGGAGUCUGCAGCUUGGAGCCCUCAGAAGAGACCAGGGGACUGACAUACCGGCUGACAAAUUACACCCCAACUCCCCAUAUAGUGCUCUCCUUCUGUGCAGACAUCUUUCCCAUCCCUAGUUAUCGGAUGGGGGGGGCCCUCUGGUCAUAAGUAGUGCACGACAUAGCGAAUAGGGGGACAUUUGAGAAUUGCCCACUGAGACUCUCCAGCCUCUUACAACCCAUCUGUGGUUCCUCUUGGGCCCCUAAUGUGACUCUACAGCCCUCCUGACAAUCUAUCCCAACCAACCGCACUUUAGCAGCUCGAAAAAACAUGUCACUUUCUCACAUCUUUUAUUUUCUUCCCUGUGAUGUUGUCUGUGUUCUAUAUCCGUUUCUUUUAUCUCAGGCAAGUGUCUGCUGUUGUUUGUCGUACCUCUGAUUUCUGUCCGUCCUUGCUUAGUCCCUACAGUAGUGUGUGGUGAUGUGGGUACCAAAGGUUUGCUGACACAUUAACUACUUCUACUGUACCAGGAAUAAAAGAGGAGAGAGCACAGAACUAAAGUAUGUAGAGAGAAACCUGUUCCCUGAAUCUCUCUCACACACACACACACACACACACACACACACACACACACACACACACACACACACAGCCAACUUAUAAAACUGUAACUUAGCUCUCCUUGUUCUCUCUCCAGAUGGAAGUAUUAGGUAAUAUUGAGCUCUGAUAAGCCCAGUUAGGCGGAGUAAAACAGAAGUGUGUGUGUGUGUGUGUGUGUGUGUGUGUGUGUGUGUGUGUGUGUGUGUGUGUGUGUGUGUGUGUGUGUGUGUGUGUGUGUGUGUGUGUGUGUGUGUGUGUGUGUGUGUGUGUGUGUGUGUGUGUGUUACAGAGCAGAGUCCAGCUGAACUGACUGCUGUAAUAUCUCUCUCUACGGGGGAAAACCAGAGCUUUGCUCAGAGAGCCAGGCCUCACGGGCAGCUCGCCCACCACCAUGCUCCCCCCCUGGGGCUAGAACCAGCCCUCACUCUGCCCCCUCUGGAACUCAGCUCCAGACAUGGCUCUUAAAAGAGAACACUGGGGCUUAGUGGGAACAGCAUUAGAACAGUAUUCUAACUCUAUUAGCAACAAGUGGGGGAAAAACAGCAGUAUAUAUUAAGUACAGUUGAUCUUUACAACUUAGAAGCCACAGCAGUGAAUUAUCUGAGCGACAGUAAGGCCAGUGUACUGUUUUAUGACAGCUUGUAUUGAAGCUGGUCCUAAUUCAUUACUUUAAAUGGGUCAUAAAGCUCCAGUGAAACAGUACAUUCAUUUAAACAUCAAAGGCACAUUGAAGUGGACACAUACUGUAGCUAAUUGCAAUCUCCAAAUACGAAGGGAACUAAUUAGCAUUGGCUAAGCAAAAUGCUAUUCCAAAGCACAACUCUGUGAUUUCUAACAUUUCAGUUGUGCAUGUGGUGUUCGGUGCAAUAGUAGGAGUGCGUUUCAUUUUCCAACUGCUUUUUGUCCCUCCUGCCUCCCGGUAAUGUGUUGCUGGUCCGUUGUGAAGUAGCAUGGUAGUGUGGUCUGAGCAGAGAGCCGCCUCACAAGAGCCUGAUGAAACCACCAUGGGACAGACAGCAUGAAAUACUCGGCUGGUCCUGGCUCGAAUUACACCCUAUUCCCUAUGUAGUGCCCUACUUUUGGGACAGAUAUUUAUGGGGUGGAAGACUGGCACACUUAGCUCUUGGGGCUUAAACAGUUGCAUCUUAAAUACACUCGAUUGCCUAUAUAGUGAACUGUGUUUCACUACUCUUUUCAAAAGUAGUGCACUAUCAAGGGUAUAUGGGGUUAUUUUAGAUUGACCCUGUCUUUGGAUCCUCGCUGGGAAAAAAGCACUUUCUGCUCCCAGCACACUCUACUGCUACUUGGUUCUGUUUGGUUCAGUUUUCAACUCAGGCUAGACUGCUAUUAAAAUAUGAUUUCAAAUGUCACUAUCAUAAAACAUGCUGUCCGUCCAUUUCGUUCUCUUGUCAUCUAGAAUCACAUUACUGCGUAGUUGUCUCCCUCCAGUGGUUGGCAGUGGGGAAUGCAGUUUCAGGUCAUUUCCUUGUGCAACAGCAACGGCCAUACAAGACAGGGUCAGAAGUGCUGUGAAUGGGUGACACGCUUUGAGUUUAAAGUAGGUGUUUGCGUGUGCGUGCAUGUGUGUAAAUUCAACCAACAAAAUCAAAACUGGUGUACGUAUUUAACCAAAGGCACAGGGAUCUUCUUUAAGGUGCCUUACUUUGACCCUCUCCUCUAAAACAGGGUUCAGAGUUCAGGCUUCAAAUGGUUUGUUUGGCUUCAUGUGGUUCGUUUGUGUUCGCGAGCAGCUGAACAAAGACACCGGACUAAAGCCAUAGAGUACUUAACCUUACUAUUUUAACCUGUAUUUUAUUGUUCCAAAUGGCACCAUAUUCCCUAUGUAGUGACAAAGAAGUGUGCUUUGUGGGAAUAGGGUGUCAUUUGAUACUGGUGAAUACUACAAGUAUUAUGGAGAGAAACUUGUGUUUGAUAAUGACUGUGUGCUAGUUUCAGAACAUGGUAAGACAAAACGCCUUAACUCACUCAGUCAAGGCUAUGCUAGUUUCACUGCUAUAGGACACUGUAAACUACCUAGCUUCUGCUGACGUAAACAACCCACUAUCUAGUCUCCCAUGGACUGUUUUCUAUUGAGAACCUGAUCUAUUUUCAAUGAAUUAUGUUUCUGUUUGUUGUCAAGCGCGUUUUGGUCAGAUCUGAUGUCACACCCACAUGCUUGUCAUCCUUUCCUUUCUUUGAACUCUCAAAAGACGAACCGCUUCUGCUGUGAGAGCAGGGCGUGGCAUCUACUGUGAUGUCAUUAUAACCCGGCUCUGUCAUUGGUCAGAGACUCUGUGUAUGGAGAACGUGCCAAUCCCUUUAUUUUCUAUUGUUUCCAAGCAGAACAACCAACAGAUAUUCUGCAAGCAUUAAUGUAUAUAAGCUUUAUUUUGUGGUUAUUGACUGUGAAAAGGCAAACGUAAAAUACUGUAGAAAUGUUUUAUGUAUUUUUGAAGGACUUGAUGGUUUAGUUGUGUAUCAACCCACCGGGCAGAAACUAGUUGCAUCAACGUUGUUUCCACAUCAUUUACAUUUACAUUUAAGUCAUUUAGCAGACGCUCUUAUCCAGAGCGACUUACAAAUUACUUACAUCAUCAGAUAGACUUGAAAAAGAUAUGAUGUUGAAUCAACGUGGAAAACUGAUUGGAUUUGCAAAAAGUCAUCAACGUAAGGGAAUUCAGGUUUUUAAAACUUUUUUAAGCCUAAAUUCAAUGACAUGGUGACAUCAUUAAAAAAAUAUAUAUAUAUUAUUACGUUGAAUUCACUACAGUUGACGUCACAAUCAAAGUGUAAAUCCAAACUAGAUGUUGAAAUGACAUCUGUGCCCAAUGAGAAGCUAUUCUACUUGGAUCCAAGAAGGGGUUGGGUAGAUAUAAUUUCAUUUUUUGGGGGGCCUGUGUCAAAGGAUGUCUUCUUUUGUUGUUGAUUGUCGACACUUAUUUUAAAAUGUAUUAUGUGAGAAACAAUAAAAGUC